AAACCGCCAAUGCUGUGGCUUGAAACCAGGAACACCAGAGCUCUGACCAAUCAGAUGAUGUCUGGCUGGGCAUAGCUUUAGAGCCUUGCUCCACUGUGGCACAACUGGCGCCGACUUCGAGCAAGGCUGCUCCGUGUGGAAGACAGUAAAGCUCACACUGUCCGCCCGCCGGAAGCUGCAUUCAAGUGUUGUGUCACUCAGCCCACCAGCCUGAAUUCAGAGAGAUCUCACAUCAACUCGAUAUUUUGAGAGGGACUCGGUCAAUAGGUCAAUACUCGACCGAUAUUCAAGCCCAGGACAGCUUUCUUAUACCAACUCCUUAACACAUCUCUGCAAAGGCAAAAGCAGAACCCAAAUUUACCCCUCCUCCAGGACCUGCAACGCCACUUCGUCGACCUCGAUUUGACGGACCAAAGCUGGUUAGGGAGACAAUACCACCAACAAAACAACAUCUUGUUAACCGGUCUUUGGGUUUUGACCCUGAAUUGACUACCACCAACCGGCCACUAGGCUUAACCUUACCCUCACAUAUCAACAUUCAAGAUGGAGCACCUCUCAAUACAUGACCACCAACACGGCCCUCCCCCCCCUGGAAUGAUGCCGCAACCACCUCAACAUCCAGGCGGCCCUGUACCCCAGGGCAUGAUGCCCCCGGGACUCGGCCGCCCUCCCCAGCCCCAGCAGUUGCCAGCCCAGAUGUUUACCACUGCUGCUCAGCUGUUGGAUCUCACAGAUAAAAAACUCCUGAUCUCCCUCCGCGACGGCCGUAAAUUGAUAGGCAUCCUCCGCAGCUGGGAUCAAUUUGCCAACCUCGUCCUCCAAUCCACAAAAGAGCGCAUCUUCGUCCCCCCCGUCCUCUCGGAAAAAGAGCCAACCGGCAUCUUCGCCGACAUCGACCGGGGUACGUUCCUAGUCAGAGGCGAGAACGUCUUGUUGCUUGGAGAAAUCGAUCUCGACAAGGACGACGAUGCGCCCCCGGGGUAUCAGCUGGCCGACAUAAAGAUGGUGGAGAAGCUCGCGAGGGAGAGGAAGAAGGAAGAGAAGGUCAAGGAAAAGAAGAAGACCAAGAUGCUGGGGAAGGAGGGCUUUGAGGGGGAGAAUUUGGGGGAGAUGCCGCUCAUCUAAGAGGUGGGGAGGAGAGGAGAAGGGUAAGGGACUGAAAAAGCAGAAUAUUGUGAAAUGCUUACUUUCAGGUUCUUGGGGAAGAGAGAGACCUGUUACAUGCUCAUGGCUUAUGCGUAGAUAUGGCAUGAUUGAGAAGGAGGGUUAUGAAGAGGAAGAGCAUCUCAUAGCGAUGGGUUUGUUAUUGAAGCAAGAAUGGCAUGGAAAUGAGGACC